GUCUUCUUACUUUGUCCACUCUCACUUCAGCUGAUAUAUACUUAAAGGAAACGUUUUCCGACAAUGACUGGGAAAAGCGAUGGGUCCAUUCCAAGCAUAAGGAAGACCUUGGCAAGUUUAUAGUAACAGCUGGAGAGUUUUACGCCGAUAAAAUUGAAUCUCGUGGCCUUCAAACUUCAGAAGACGCAAAAUUUUAUGCAGUUUCCACGAAAUUUGAUAAGAUAAUUGAUAAUACUGAUAAGGAUUUAGUGGUUCAAUUCUCUGUCAAACAUGAACAAAAUAUCGACUGCGGAGGAGGUUAUGUAAAACUUCUUCCCCCCGGAUUUGAUGCGCUGAGUUUCAAAGGAGAUUCAUUAUACAAUAUCAUGUUCGGGCCUGAUAUUUGUGGUAUGAACCGUAAAGUUCACUUAAUUUUUAAUCGUAAGGGAGAAAACAAAGAAAUGAAAAAGUCAAUAAAGUGCCCAUCGGAUCAAGUAACACAUUUAUACACUUUGAUAUUAAAGCCUAAUCAUACGUUCAAAAUCCUAAUUGAUAAUGAAGAAGCAGCGUCUGGAACUUUAGAGGACGAUUUUGAUUUGCUUCCACCCAGAGAAAUUGCAGAUCAAACCGCUAAAAAACCAGAUGAUUGGGAAGAUUUAGCCGAGAUCAUUGAUCCAGAUGAUCGUAAACCGGAAGAUUGGGUAGACCACCCAGCCACAAUUCCAGAUCCCGAUGCUAAAAAGCCUGAAGACUGGGAUGAUGAUAUGGAUGGAGACUGGGAGCCACCACAUAUUUCUAAUCCUGCCUACAAAGGAGAAUGGCAACCAAAGAAGAUUCCUAAUCCAAAGUAUAAAGGAGAAUGGAAAGCACCUAUGAUUCCAAAUCCCGAUUAUGUCCCAGAACCAAAUCUUCAUGCUUAUAAUACCGCAUUUAUCGGAUUCGAUUUGUGGCAAGUGAGAUCUGGCACUAUAUUUGAUAAUAUAUUGAUCACUGAUGAUGUCGAAACAGCAGAGAAAUUUGCCAAUGAGACAUAUUUUAAAUUCCGAGAUGCGGAAUUAGAAGCAAAGAGAAAAUUGGAAGAUUUGGAGAAGCAAGGAGCUGAGGAUGUUAAAACUGAUAAGAAAGUCGAUGAUGAUGACAUUAUCGAUCUAGACGUUAAACUUGGUGAAGAUGGAGAAGUUAAA